AUGGGAGUAAAAGGGUUAUGGUCUAUAGUUGCACCUAUAGGGGUUCGUGUAAACCCUGAAAUAUUUACAGGAAAGAGAAUAGCAAUUGAUGUAAGUAUAUGGUUAUAUGAAUUAAUAUAUGGAAAUAAUUUAAAAAGUACACAAAAUAAUAAUUUUGAUGAUUUAGGAAUGUUUAAUGAUUUAUGGCUUGAUUUGAGUGAAAAAAAUAAUGAUUUAAAAUUAAGUAAUUUAAAAAAAGGACAUAUUUAUUUUUUUUUUUUAAGAAUAUGUAAAUUGCUAUAUUAUAAUAUAAGACCCAUUUUUAUUUUUGAUGGAACACCUCCUGAAUUAAAAAAAAGAACCAUAUUUCAACGAAAUUUAAAAAGAAAAAAUAAUGAGGAAAAAGUUAAGAAAGCAGCAGAAAAGUUAAUAUAUAAUUAUUACAACAGAUGCUUAUUAACGUUGCUAAAAAAAAAGAAGGAAAAUAGCAAGAAUAAAGAAAAGGGGGAAAGUAAAAAUAAUAAAGAAAAGGGGGGAAAUAACAAAAAUGGCGAAAAUAAAGAAAAGGGGGGAAAUAAAGAUAGUGUGCACGUGUUAGAGCAGAGGAAAGAUCUUUCAAAUGGAAAAAAGAACGAUGAUAAUCCCAAUUUAGUGGAAAAUGAAAAAGAGAAUAGAACCUCGUUGAAUCAUGAAUUAGAUAAAUUAGGUAUAAAUAAUAUAAUAGAAAUAUAUGAAGAUAUAAAAGAAAACAACGAAUCAUUAAAUAAAAUUUCUGAACAUGUAGGAAGUGUAAAAAUAACAGCAAAAGAGGUAUUCAAUAUUUGUAAUAACAAUUCUGAUGAUUUAAAUAAAAUAAAAAAUAAUUUUCUUAUGAUUAAUGAUGAAGAUAUAUAUAAUGAAAAAAAUAAAAAAGAUAUAAAAACGGGUACUAAAUUAGAAGCAAACAGUGGUAUAGUUAGUGAUAUAGAUGGCGAUAUAGAUGGCGACAUUUUUAUGACAAAAAAUAUGAUAAGAAAAAAAUACUAUGCCGGUAUACCAGAAGACUUCAAAGGGUUCUUAUCUAUGCGAAGAACUAUUGACAUUAUAGACAUAAAUAAUUAUAAUAUAAAUAUUGAAGAAGUUACAAAAAAAAUGAAAGAAGCUGAUAGGAAGUAUUCAAAUAAAUGCGAUAAAAACGUUUUUUCAAACAUAUCAACAGCGAUGUUAUUAAAUGGUGAUGAAAAUGGUGGAAGCGGUGAAACUGUUAGAAGUGGUGGAAGUGGUGAAAAUGGUGAAAGUGGUGAAAGUGGUGAAAGUGGCGAAAGUGGUGAAAGGGAGGUGGAUGUUAUAAAUUGCAUAAAAUCUGAAAGUAAAAUGAAUCCAAAAGAAAUAAAUGUUUUAGAAAUGCCGAUGAACAAUUUAUUUAUUGAUGGAAAAGAUGAAUAUAAAGUGUAUUAUGUAAAUAAUGAAGAAAUAAAGAUUCCAUUAUUUAAGGAACUAAAUAAAGAGAUAUUUGAAAAAUUGCCAAUUAAAUUACAGUAUCGAAUAUUACAAGAUAUAAAAGAAGAAUGGUAUGCCGAUAAUAGAUUAAAAGCUAUAAAAUCAAAAGAUGAUAUGGAUAUAUUUUCGCAAGUUCAAAUUGAAACAUAUAUUAGAAUGAUAAAAACAGAUUUUGAGAUUGAAAAAUUAAAAAUAAAAAUGGCAGAAAAUAUACAAAAUGAAAAAUUAGAUGGUGAAUUAAUUAUUAAUACAAAUCUAUCAAAAAAAUUUAACGAAAAUUUAAAUGCUAGAAAUUAUAAUGAUAUUAAAGAUAAUCUUACAAAACGUCGAAAAAAAAAAAAAGAUAAAGACUCAUUUUUAAAUAAAAUCUUGGGUGGCACAGGAAUACAAAACUUUGACGUUUUAGAAAUAGACGAAGUUUCCGAAGUAGAAGAAGUUUCCGAAAUGAAAGAAAUUUCUGAAAUGAAAGAAUUUUCCGGAAUAGACAACGUUUCUGAUGUGAACAGGACAGAUGCUGGGGGUGAUGAAGUUGAAAAAGUGGAAGCCAAUAAAUUGUUAAAAGAUUAUAAGGAAAGUUUACUAAUAAAUGAUGAAGAUUUAUUUGGAGAAGACUUUUUUAUGACAAAAAAUGAAGAGAUUGAAAAAGUUGAUAGAAAUGAUGGGGGUAUUAAAAAUAAAGAUAAUAAAAUUGAUGAACAAGAACCAGAAUCCAUUUCAAAACGGGUUCAGGAUGGAAUCACAGAAGACUCAUUUUUUGUUAUCGAGGAAACAGAAUUAAAAUCAGAUGAAUUUGUAAAUUUAGAAAUGAACAAAUUAGAAGAAAAAAAUAAUAAAAGUACAGAAAUAGAAAGAAGUAAACAAUAUAAAGAAAUUAUAAUAGAUGAUAAUGAUGAUUCUGAAAAUGCAAAAGGACAUUCAAACAGUUUGCUAGUUGCUCCCUCUGAGCCAGCUGUUGAUGUUUCAUUGUUCGAAUUUUCUUCCUCAAGCUUUGAAUCGGUUGCUCAUGGGAAUGAUCCUUUGAACAGUCCUUCCGAUGACGAUGUAAUAGUUUUGCCAAUCAAAAGGGAUGGCGCAAAAGAGGUAGUUGUAAAAGAGGUAGUUGCAGAAGGGGUAGUUGCAGAAGGGGUAGUUGCAGAAGGGGUAGUUGCAGAAGGGGUAGUUGCAGAAGGGGUAGUUGUAAAAGAGGUAGUUGCAGAAGAGGCAGACGUAAAAGAGGCAGAUAUAGAGGGGGUAGAUGCAAAAGAUGCAGAUGUAGAAGUGGUAGAUGUAACAGGGGUAGAUGCAAAAGAGGUAGAUGUAAAAGAGGCAGAUGCAAAAGAGGCAGACGUAAAAGAGACAGAUGCAGAAGUGGUAGAUACUGUGGAAGAGACAGAUGCAAAAGAGGCAGCCGCAGAAGUGGUAGAUGUAACAGGGGCAGAUACUGUGGAAGAGGCAGGUGCAAAACGCGCGGGGCAUAGCCAAAGGUUUUUAACCAAAGAGAUCAUGAAUGAUAUUCUGAUAAAAAAGAAAAUCGAUUUUAAAAAUGUGGGGGAAGGAGAGUUGCUCGAGAAUUUAUUGAAUAACAAGGAAGUGCUAGAUGCAUUUGGAGAGUCGAGAGUUAUUGAAAAUGAUGAUGUUAUUCAAGGAUUUGAAGGAAUAAGUGAUGAUAUGGAUAAAGAAACAAUAGAUAAAGAACUAAAUGAAAAUGAAAAAAAAGGAGAAGAAUUAAUGAAAGAGUAUAAAAGAUUAAAAAAUAAUAAUAUUACAAUAAAUGAAGAAAUGAAUGAAGAUAUAAAAUUACUUUUAGAUUUAUUUGGAAUCCCAUAUAUACAAUCUCCAUGUGAAGCUGAAGCACAAUGUGCAUAUUUAAAUAAUAAUAAUUAUUGUGAUGCAAUAAUAAGUGAUGAUUCAGAUGUGAUAGUAUUUAGUGGAAAAACGAUAAUUAAAAAUUUUUUUAAUAAAAAAAAAACAGUUGAAGUAUAUGAAAAAAACUUAAUAGAAAGAAAAUUAGGAUUAUAUCAAGAUGAUUUAAUAAAUAUAUCAAUGUUAUGUGGUUGUGAUUAUACUAUAGGUGUACAUGGUGUUGGUAUUGUGAAUGCUUUAGAAAUUAUUAAGGCAUUUCCUACUUUUGAAGAUUUAAAAUUUUUAAAAGAAAUUGUUUCAAAUCCUCUUAGACAUAUAUAUCAAGAAAAUUAUGAAAAUAAUUAUUCUGAUGAAAUAAAAAUAUUUCUAAAUUCUCAUAAAAAUUAUAAAUUAAAUUGGAUAUUUCCUAAAAAUUUUCCAGAUAAAGAAGUAUAUAAUUGUUUUAAAAAUCCCAAAGUUUGUAAAGAUAUUAAAAAAAUUGAAUGGCAUGUUCCUAAUAUGAAUAAAAUUAUAUAUUAUUUAAAUAAAGCUACAAAUAUUUCGAAAGAAAAAAUUUUUAAUGUUUUAGACCCAAUAUUAAAAAAGUACAAUGUUAAGGUUCGAAGCUAUCAAUUAAGAAUAGAAGACUUUUUUCCUGUUAUUGAAAAGAAGCGAAAAACUGUUGACGAUUUAAUAAAUACACUUCGGACCCAAAAAAAGGCUCAAAAAAAAACGACUCAAAAAAGAGGAGCUCAAAAAAAAGCUACAUCUAAAGAAAAUGCAGAUGACAAUAGCGAAUGGAGUGAAACUAAUUCACAUCAACUAGAUGUGGAAAAUGAGAUAACUAAUCUGGUAGAUGUCAACCCUUCUGGAAUUGUGGUAUCAAAGAGAAUGUCAAAUGCAUUAAAACAUAUUAAAAAGAGAAAAGACACAGUUAAAAAUUCUUCCCCAAAAAAGGGAACCAGAAAAGGUGCGUAG